AUGAGCUCCUUGGUCGCAGACACCUCAUCAAUGUCCCAGUGUGGAAGUACCGCAAAGCGCAACAGAACUAUCAAAAAGCUCUUUGAGGUUGCACACACCUUCUUGGGUGCCUCUCUGAAGCUUCACUCGCGACCCCAGAACGUCUCUUGGCUUCUUCACUACCACCUUCUCGCAACCACCAGCUCGAACAGAAAACCCUCCUUGCACGCCAAACCUCAAUCGGUCGUCAAGAUGACGAACCCCACUCAACGCCAAACAAAGCGCGUGUACUCGUUCCACGUGAAAUACGCCACCCAGAUUGUCGAUAAGCGCAAGAAGGCUCGCAUCGAGGUGAGUUACAAGUUGUCGCAAUCGUCCUACGUAGACGCGUUCAUGGGAGGCGAGGCUCUAUGUACAUGCAUGAGCGCGUGGGCGACAGAGUGUAGUUGAGAGUCGAGAGUCACGAGCGUUGUCGAGCUUGAGACCAGAUGUGGGGUGUCCAAUACAUAAGGAACCUGUGCCGCGUCAUCAAGAGAACCAUUGUUUGGAAUAAAGAAUUGGAAAUAUGCGCAACAGACUUGAACAAAUUCUGACGCAACUCUUUGCUUUGUCCUCAUUUGUCUCAAUGCCGAUUGCAAGCAGCCAAUCGCUCCUCUUAAGAACGCCAAGUGCCCGCUUCAAUGCAAGGCACUCUUUGAGAUGCUCCUCCUUGUCUCAAUGCCGAUUGCAAGCAGCCAAUUGCUCCUCUUAAGAACGCCAAGUGCCCGCUUCAACGCAAGGCACUCUUUGAGAAGCUCCUCAAGGAGGAGCAUCAAGAACAAGUCCUUCGCGAGGAGAAGAUAAAGAAGGUCGCCACGGACCUUGCUUCCUCUGUGAGUGCCUUCAAAUAAGUAGCGAUGAUCGCAACUGCCCAUGUGACUGACUACCUUCUGACCACCUGCUCAAGGGCCACAUGGACAACGAUGACGACGAUGAUGAUGAUGGUCAUGAGGAGGAGAAGGAGGAGGAGGAGGAGGAGGAGGAGAGGGAGUAG